UCAUGCCUGAGGGAGGCCCAGAACUCACCGUCUCCCAAUUUCUAGGCCAGCCCCUUCACCAGGACACCACGUUGGCUCUCCACAUUGCUGCAGGAAGGGAGCAACUUCCAUCUCCCUUCAGGCACUUGAUGCUCUGCAGCCUCAUUUCGCUUCACAUUUCUCCUUCAGAGCAAUUGUUGUCUGGGAAAAGUGAGUCAAGAGCGUUAGGGGUCGUCAGAGCAGCCAUGGGGCUCUGCUUCAGAGGACUCCCCGAAAGCAAGUUUGAUAGGUUCUCUAGAUCAGUGGUCCCCAAACCUUUUCUGUUCAUGCGCACUUAUCAGCAUAGUUUGAGCAUGCGCUCCCAGGAUACGUAUGCCUAUUUAUUUAUAAAUUAUAGACCUAUACCACUGUACUGAUAUAUCAUGCACAUUAUAAAUCAUACCCCAACACUAGCAAUUAAAAAGGGGGUGAGAUAAAUACAUAUAAAUGGACAUUCUAAUGUUUUAUACCCACACUCUGUGUUUUUUCUUGAGCAUCGCCUGAGGCUCAUGUGUUCCACUUUGGAGACCACUGCUCUAGAAGAAGCUGUAUUACCAGGUCCUGAACUUUGGGAUGAUCGUUUCCUCAGCACUGAUGAUCUGGAAGGGGUUGAUGGUGGCAACGGGCAGUGAGAGUCCCAUCGUUGUUGUGCUUAGUGGCAGUAUGGAACCUGCAUUUCACAGAGGAGAUCUCCUGUUCUUGACCAACCGCAUCGAAGAGCCAAUCAGAGUGGGUGAAAUCGUGGUCUUUAGGAUAGAAGGAAGGGAAAUUCCAAUAGUGCAUCGGGUGCUGAAAAUCCAUGAAAAACAAAACGGCGACAUCAAGUUUUUGACCAAAGGCGACAACAAUGCGGUCGAUGACCGAGGCUUGUACAAGCCAGGGCAGCACUGGCUGGAGAAGAAAGACGUGGUUGGAAGAGCAAGAGGAUUUGUGCCGUACAUCGGAAUUGUCACCAUCCUAAUGAACGAUUACCCUAAAUUCAAGUACACUGUCCUUUUUCUCCUCGGCUUGUUUGUCCUCGUCCAUCGAGAGUAGCCUGUCACCAAGGAAGUCCAGCGGAGGCUUGGACCAUCCCUCCGAGUAGGCGGUGGGAUGUGAAGUGUGUCCCAUUUCGCUGCUUCUUAAUCCAAGUUGGUUUGGUGUUGGGUUUCAUUUUCUACGGCUGCUGUGUCCCUGGAAGGUUGAUCUCAGUAUUUUGAACAGUUUGUCACACUUUAGCAUUUUUGUACAUUGGUGAAUUUUUAUAUUAAAAGUUUUAAGCCAA